AUGAAGUUCUCAUACGCUGCUAUUGUUCUCGGAGCUGCCUCCGUCGUUUCGGCCCAAAGUGCUGCUUGUACAGCAGCUGUGGCCGCUGUGCCUGCUUGCGGCGCUUCUUGCAUCAAUACAGCUGCUGCGACAUAUUGCACGGCGGGGGACUACGCUUGUGAAUGCGCAGCUGCCACCUUUUCCAAGAUUGAGAGUGACGCUACCAAUUGUGUUAUUACCAAUUGUGGAGCUACCGUCGGACUUCAAGUCUUGAGCGCUGCCAAUGCCGUUUGUACCGCCUGUGCUUAAGCUUGCACUUUUGUGAUCUAUGGGUCAUUCAAAGUCCUUGUAUAGGUUGAAAGGAUAUGGUGGUGUUUGGUUUGAAGCAGAGCUAUGUAUGGUUGGGCUAUGGUUUGGAUGGAAUGGUAAUCAAUGAUUGAAUCUCAUGGGUGGAUAAUUGUUGUCCAUUGAAAAUGAAAUUUAAAGUGUCUGAAAACUAAAGACAACU